AUGAAAGGUUUAACAAUUUUGUUGUUCGCAACUGUCAUUGCUUCUAGUGAUGCUGCUCAGAAGUGUGAAGAAGUUACAGAUCCGUGCGCUUCUGUUAGGGCAGAUGCAGCUCCCAUUUACGAGAAUGCAAAUAAUGUUUUCAAAGAGGUUGAUGACAGAUGUACACCACUUUUUGAAGCUGUAGAACCGAGACCAGCAUCGGAUGAACUCACCGCAGAACUCAGCCAAAUUUUAUUGCAAUGCUCACGUGAUAUGGAAGAUGACUAUAUAAAUGCCUUUACAGGCCUUGGAGAACUCUUGGGAAUAGACCCUCCUCAACUUUAUUUGCUUAUGUUUUUAAAUAAUGAAAGGGAAGGUUUGAGCGUUUGUCAUCAUCAUCAUCAUCAUCAUCAAGUCUCGGACGAGUUUCUCCUUAUGAGAGACUCCACAUGA